AGAUAAAUAACAACCUCUCUCUCAUUGGUGUGAAUUUUACGCGCUGGGUAUUGGGAGAAGGGGGAGCUCAAAUAAUGAAAACUUUUAAGUUUUCAAACGGUCUUUUUGUUUUUGUUUUAAUUCUGUCGUAAAAAAUGUCAUCAAUCAGAGAAUUAAUUGCUAAAAUGAAGAAGGAGGACGAGGAGCGUCAGAAAGCUGAUGAAAAACAUUUUGCCGAGCACGAUAAAAAAUACAAGGAAAUGUCAGACAGAAUCAGCAUUUAUGAAGAUCGAUUGAAGAAAGGGGUGCAAAAUAUACACCAGCGUGUACAGCAGUUAAUCAACCAUAAACACAGUAUUGACAAGGCACUGCAGGAGAUGGAUGAUCUUCCUGGCCUGCCUCUGCCUUACGAAGAACACAGUAAUUUUGUUAAAUUUGUGUCGGAAGUACAUGGUGUUUUGAACAAACCUGACAUUUUGGACAGGCCAAGCACACUUUCAGUUGAAGAAAUUCAAAACGACGUGACUUCAACAACAGAAAGUAUAGCCAGUGAUUUAAAGGAAUUUAAAACGGAGUUUAUUCAAGCUGUAGCCUUGCAUCAUAAUACCAAUGAAUUGAAAAAGUUGGAUCGCAUGUAUGAUGAUCAGGAAGAGGUGACAAAUACUAUUAUUGAUGGAUCUUUUAACGAUACUGUUUCAUAAACUCCAAUGAAAAAUUCCAGUCAUAUUGUUACUUAGAUAUGCAUGAGUAUUUUUUAAAUUUUUUUAAGAAAAUCUAAAUGAGGUAGUGUUAAUGAAGUAAUUUUAGUUAAUUAUGUAAGUGAUUUAUAUUAUCUGGGAGCACUUUUUGCAGGUGUUUCUUACGGUAUUAUCUGUAAUUUUUACACGCUUUAUAUACAUAUGUAUAUUCUGCUCAAUUUUUAUUUACCGUACAAAAAGUCUGAUCACAAGAAGUUAAUAAUUCUCUGCCAAAGGAUUAUUAAAAUGUGUGUGUGCAUGUGUAUGAAUUUUUUCUUGAUUAAUUUUAAAGAUACUCAUAUUAUGUACAUAAAAAACGUAGAUGCAAGUAGGAUACCAUUGACUAAUCAAUGGCUGAGAAAAAUCAAUGAUGAACUUGUUUAUAAAUUGUAUUUAAGAUCAAAAAUGUACAUUAAAAUUAGCUUAGACGUAUUGCUUGAAAAAAAAUGAAUGAUAUAUAUUUUUGUACAAACAUAAUAAGUACAUUGGUAUGUACGUGGUGCAUUGCACAUGCACACCAAAUGUA